UGAGUAGCAUAGCAUGACAUUAAUGGUAGCACCAUAGCAUGAGACGCUCCUCUCUUUCUCUCUCUCUCUAGAAUCAUUACACUCCCUGCAACUCCACUCCCUGCUUCCAUCAUCCAUCUCUUCCUCCAAAUUCACUCCAAUCACCAAAAAUGGUAACAACUCCACCUCUCCCACUCCUCACUCUCUCUCUCCUCUACCUGGCCAUGCACGCCAGCUCCGCCACCCACUGGCAAGACGUACAAGUCCUGAAGCAACUGAAAGGUACAAUCGCCCCAAGCUCAAUCCCCCCCGCCUCCUGCAUCGACUCCUGGGACUUCUCCGUCGACCCCUGCGACUCCCUCUUCUCCGACAAAUUCACCUGCGGCUUCCGCUGCGAUGAUUCCUCCUCCCGCCUCACCGAGCUCACCCUCGACUCCGCCGGCUACUCCGCCCCCCUCUCCGCCGUCUCAUGGUCCUCCCUUCCCUACCUCCAAUCCCUCGACCUCUCCGCCAACAACUUCUCCGGCCCCAUCCCCCAAUCCCUCUCCGGCCUCCCCCGCCUCCGCCGCCUCGCCCUCUCCCGCAACUCCCUCUCCGGCCCCAUCCCCCACUCCCUCGGCUCCCUCACUCAGCUCGAAGAGAUGUAUCUGGACAACAAUAUGCUCAACGAUUCAAUCCCACCAGCUCUCAACGGUCUCAAAAAUUUAAGACGGCUCGAGUUCCAAGGCAACCAACUCAGCGGCGAGUUACCCGAUCUCACUCAGCUCGCCACCCUCAAUUUCCUCGACGCCAGCGACAACGCCCUCUCCGGUAACCUCCCGGCGGCUCUCCCGCCCUCCCUCGUCGAGCUCGUCGCGCGGAACAACCAGAUACAAGGCACCAUCCCGGCGUUCGCGGCGCCGAGUUUGCAAGUGCUGGACCUGAGUCACAACAAACUCAGUGGGUCGGUCCCAGCGAGUUUAUUCACUCACCCAUCGCUGGAGCAGCUAACGCUGUCGUUUAACCAACUUGAUUCCGUACAGGUACCCGGUGAUUCGGGCCUGACCAGCCCGCUCAUAUCCGUUGAUUUGAGCGAUAACCGGAUCCGCGGGCUUUUACCCGGGUUCAUGGGCCUCAUGCCCCGGCUAUCGGCCCUCUCGUUGGAGAAUAACGAGCUCACGGGCCCCAUCCCGGCUGAGUACGCGAUGAAGGUCUUGGGUUCGGGCCUGGGUACGGCCCAAUUCGAGAGGCUUUUGUUGGGAGGGAACUACUUAUUCGGGGCGAUUCCGGGCGGGUUUUUGGAUCUGAAAGCGGGUUCGUUGACGGUUCGGUUAGGGGAUAACUGCUUGUACCGCUGUCCCAUUAGAUUUUUCUUUUGCGAGGGAGGGGUACAAAAGUCAUUUGACCAGUGCAGGGCCUUUGGCCCUAUCAUACCAUGAGUGCUGUGCUACAUGGUGUCUUUUUAAUGGUCCCUAGCAAUUCAAUUUUGCUAAUGUACAAUAAUUUUAUUUAUUUUUUUCAUCUACAAAUUCUAAGGUUUUA